AUGCGUGAAUCAGAUCUUAUUUCUAGGAUGGCGAAGCACGACAAACCGAAACCGAAUCAAAAGUAUUUUUAUUUUACAUUUAUGUUGAACUUUCCUCCCGCUCAAAAAAAGCCUUGAAACGGUAUGGGAACUAGUCCGCUUAGACGGAAUGAAAUCUUUUCGCAUCUGAAACAGUUUCAAAAAAAAAAGUAUAAUGACAAGAAGAAAUUUGGACCAUUCCAUUAGUCACAGUAAUAUUGGAUUUUUAGAAAAACCAAGAAAACGAGGCGCGAAAAGAAGGUCGAAGCCGCUCCUAACGACGUAUUUUUUUUGAAUCUUCCAGAUAGUUUACUUUUCACCUUCCAAAAGUAUAUUCAAACUGCCGAAAUGGAUUUUCUAACGAAAUUUCACAAGAGAAUGUUAUUUGUGAUCGGCUCUCGGCAACGCAAAACGGACGAGCCCCAGACGUUUCUGAGCUUUUGUAGUGAACACUUAAGAGGGCAGAAGCCGCUGAAGGGACCACUCUGAAACGUCCGUUUUGUGCUACCGAGGUCCGAGCUCUCAGAAAUCCUUGUCUUGAUGUCUCCAGAGCCAGCUUGAUGGAAAUAUCGGAGCGAGGAGCUCUUCUUGGUGUUAUUUUUGGUCAUUGGUUCUUAGUUUUUCAAAGUUUCAAUACCAAGCGUUUUUUGGAAAGAUAAAUUAAAAUUGUAAACUUCACGCUUUUUUAUUAUUUCCAUGAUUUUAGGACAAAUCCAUUAACAAAUCCAAUAAAACUAUUACGAGGACGGAAUGCUCAUCGAAAAAAGCGACUUCGAAGAAUCCAAAAAGAAAAGAAAAAGCAGGCGUCAAUUUCUCGAAAGUCCGGUUUCCUCUUGAGUCAAACCCUUAUCGCGUAUUUUACAGGAACCUUCUAUGCUCAUAAAUACUACAACCGAGUCGAGUUCGGCUCACCCUAAGCAGAAAAAAGUCGGAUUUCUUCUUUCCGUUUUUUAUAUAUUCAGACAUUUUCAGGCAUUGCCGGUGACACCCCGAUGGACUGGAGAAGCAGCGGCGAAAGCUUUCGUCGAAAAUAACAGCGGUGAGUUCUUGUGAGGAUAGUUAGCCCUUUCUCGACCGUGUUCAUCACCACAUGGUGCUCCGACAAGGACGAUUUCUCUUUUUUCCGAAGAGUACUGUAUGUGAAAGUCCGCAUUUGGCGUGUUUGCACACUCUGAGUGCUCCUGUUUCCGUGAAAAAAAAAACGUGUAAAUAGAAAACGUGGAGAUGGGACUCCUCAGAAUGUGCAAACACGCAAAAUACGGACUUUCACAUACAGUACUCUUCGGAAAAGGAGAACUUUUCGUUGUCGUCUUGCACGUAGUUUUACCGAGAUCAAUAGUUUUCGAAUCUUAUUUUAUCAGAGGAGGGGACUAUCGAGUAAUAAUAGAAAAAGUUCGGUGGUAUGAUCUGGUUAAAAGUUCCAGUGUGUCACAAAAUUUUGGUAUAAGUCAAGCAAAAAAUAAAACUUUAUUUCCGGCGUUCGUUUGUGAUAAGGAGAAAAAUAAAAAAGCUAAAAUUUCAGUGACAGUAAAAAUAAAAACAACUUUUUUGACAGAUUUGGUUGAAAGAUUCCUUAUUUGGAAGAAUAAUUGAAAGAAUAUGAAAACCGUACGCUUGUAGACAUCAAGGUCAUCCGAGCCGAGUUCGAUGCGAUGAUCGCGACGACGGAGUUGCUCGACUCCACCUACACGGCUUUCUCGGCCAACAUGAAGCGCAAUCGCAGCGAAGUUUCCUUAAAAGGCUGUACCGCCCUCUGAGCAAGCUUCCAGAACUUUCCCUGUUUGGAUAAGAACCGCGUAGUUUUGCAAAAGAGCAACGGUCAGCAGAACGACUACAUCAACGCCACUCUCAUGGAGAUACAGGUUCCAACUCAGAUGCGGUGGGAAAAAACUCGAAAAAUGAUCUCAGUUUCCUCGAAAAGUCAUCAUCGCACAAAUGCCGAUAUCUGGUGUCGAAGGCUGCGUCGAAGACUUUUGGCGGAUGAUUUAUCAGGUUCAGUCAUCCUUUCUUCUCUCGCUAAGUGGCUCUAGGAAGGCGUGGUGACGGUCCAUCUGAUGUGCAUGCCUUUUGAGAACGAGAAGAACUUUGCCGAGAUUUUCCCCCAAUCAACCGGAAACUUUGAGUACUACGGCACCAUGUUCGUCAACAACAGAAAGGUCCAAUAGUCUUUUUGAAAUAUAUUGAAGAACUCAAUUUUUUUAGUCGGAGCCCGGUAAGGAGGUCAAUGUCAAUACUCUGGAAGUGCUGCCGGACGGAUGCUCCCAUUCGGUCAUCGUCCAGGUUUUCUUUCUGACCGGUGAAAAUCCGAGAUUGUUUUAAAAUGGGUCUUUCUCCUCCCGAGGAAAUCUGUGAGGCAAACUUGGUCCAAACUCCGUUGGCAGGUGGUUCUGGGGUAAAUUGAUCAAAAACAGAAGAAAUGAUCCGCUAAGCGCCUCAGGGAACGAAGUAAAAGCCAGUUAUAAAUUUACAGAAAACGGCGAAAACUGCUUUUCUUUAGAUUUUCAGGUUCAAGAAUAAAUUUCUCUUUGUGUUCUUAUUGUUAGCGGAACGAGAAAAUACUUAUAUAUGAUAGACUUGAAAAAAAAAGUCUCCAUUUAUUUGUUUUAGAUGAAUCAACACCUUCUUUGGAAAGCCGAAAUGGGUCCUAACACGCUAGCCGCUCUCAACCGCGCCGCGCAUCAGCUCUACACUGAGAAAGAGGUCAGAAACGAGCAGAAAGAGAACUUUCUAGUAGAUUUCUGAAGGCGUAUGCUGUGUAUAGCGUAGUUCCUUCAACUAAAUUUUGUUUUGAAGUUUAGAUAAUUGAGGCUUUAUUUUUCUAGGGUUCUUGAACUUGAUGGCCUGAGUUUUUAAUGCAGUAUAGUCCGUCCGCCGCGACUUGACAGUUUUCACGUGUCUGCGUCUCUCUGUUCCCUCAUCGGAGAGGUCAGAGAAACAUGGAAAUAGCACAUAAACAGGAGAGAGACGUCGAGAGAUGAGGAGGGCGCAGAGAAGUCCCGCCCUUUCAAGUCGCGAAAAACGGAUUAUAUAUGCAAUUUUUCUUGAAAAACUUUGGAAGAAAAAAAACAACGGGGGGUUGUUUUUUUGAUUUUUCGAGACUGUAUAUGUACUUUAGACCGAGAAUAUGAUUAACGUCAGAAAAAACUCAUUACAAAAGACUUUUCCAGAAAUAUUUUUGUUGGCAAUUGGAACUAAUAUUAGUUUUAUUUGUACUUUUCCUCCACUGCCGCAGAAUUGUGCGAGAAUAAAUGAAUUGGAUUAAUUAAUUCAAAACUUUCAAAUUUCGCGCUUCUAUGUUCCUUUGCUAUGUGCUUCUACUCCGCAGUACUGAACAAAAAAAAAAUAAGAUGGGUACUUCUCAUCUCGCGAAGUUCCAUGCAACUUUCGGACUAAAUCUUUCCUUUCAAAACUUUUUUGUUUUUCACAGACUGGUCCAGUCUGCCUAGUAAGUCUUCUGGGCGCCGGCCGGGCCGGAACGCUGCUCGCGACGGCUGUCGCAAUGUACCAAAUUUCCCAGGGCAUCGAGCCAAAGGUUUCUUUUCUCCUUUUCCUUCUUCUUGAACCCCUUUAGAUCAAAGAAAUAAUGGAUUCUCUCAAAAAACAACGACCGGGCAUCUUGGAAAACCUCGUGCAGUACAUUAGCAUAUAUACGUCGCUUUUCAAGUACAUUAGGGUGACUUCAAUCAUUUUUCCUAUCAUUUGAAUCGAGUUCAGAAGAAAACACAGGAUCGCAAGUUGCACGAAAAAAUGGACGUAUUCUUGAAAGUUCUUGCUGAGUCGGUCCAACGCGGAAGCAUUCUUUUCACCUUAAACGGAUGA